AUGGUGGGGGAUUAUGCAUCUGCUGGGUUCAAAAUCACGUUGACAUCCAGCACUGCUUAUAGAUUACCUGUAGGCAUAUAUUGGAGAGGCCGGGACCUUAAUGCUGCAGUUAUAGCUCUGAAAGGUUCUCAAGAACAAAGGAUACAGAAUUGGGUUGAAGAUCUCUACUGGAAACAGCUCGACAUAAACUACCCUGGCAUUUCUGUUGCCAUGGUUCAUCAGUGGAUUUAUUAUGCUUAUCACAACACGAAAAUGCAACUUGGUACUAUGGAUGCUGUUAAAAGAGCCAAGGAUUUAUAUGGAGACAUCAACAUCAUGGUGACAGGGCAUUCUAUUGAUGGGCUAUGGCAUCCUUUUGGGGACUUGAUCUUGUGGCUGUAUGAUAUUGGAUUUGGUAGUCUGGUUUAUGAGGUCAAGAAAGUUUGUGAUGGCUCUGGAGAAGAUCCAAUGUGCAGCAGACCAGCCUGUUCAAGAGAAUGCCAGUCCUUGAUUACCAGAAACACCUACGGACGACUAAUCAAAGUGUGUUUCUGCAUCUUGGUAACUGGUAACAGCAUCACGGACCAUUUACUCUACUAUGGUGUGGAAUUAAUGGCGGAGACAUGGGGAUUGUGCAAAAUCAUCAUGGACCCACGAUUGAAGGAAUAUGGAAGUGAAAACAAAGGAAACCUUAUGCUUUUGAGGAAUCCUUCUGCUUCUGCAUUGAGGCUGCACCUAAUUUCUUGAGGAUCAUUAGGCAGCUCCGGAUGAAGUUUGUUCAUGUAAUGCAUUCCAUCAAUCUGUUUCCAUGUCCCUCACAAGAUGAAUAGGAUUUCUACUGAAAUUCACUUGGAAUGUUAAUAGCAUGAAAUUGAAUGUAUAUCCUCAUAAACACAACUCUGUGAUACCUAUUGAAUGAAUGCGCUCACAAGUUUACCUGCCAAUUUAA